AUGCAGAUGAUGUACACUUGUAUGCGCAGAAGCCAUAGGCAUGCGCAGAUGAUGCAACUGCACAGGCAGCACACAGGUGGAGCCACGCGAAAGCCACAUGCAUGCGCAGAUGGUGCAAUUGCACUCAGUGCAUGGGGAGCCACGCAAAAGUCAUGCACAUGUGCAUAUGGUGUGGCUGUGCGUACAGGGCACGGGGAGAGCUGAGCCUAAGUGAAGCACGUACCUGUUUGGCACUCAGUGAGUAAAAGACAAAGAGGAUGCCAAGAAGAACACUCUGGACAACAAAGAAAGAGAAGCAGCAUUAAAAUGCAAAACAAACCCAUCUAUCAAAAUCUUUUCCACUUCUUCAUAAAAGUGUAAAAACACUUUUCAUUCUUCAGGAGAUCAGAGACAAGGGAGAGAAUAACAACAACAAAGUUUUGAGCUGGACAAAAUAGGGUAUGUGGAACUCAAAGAAACAUUACAACGUGUGGAAGUGAAGGAAACAAGAACCGUGGUGGUUCAGUGGUUAGAGGGCAGUACUGCAGGCUACUUCGGCUGACUGCCGGUGGCCUGCAAUUUGUCAGUUCAAAUCUCACCAGGCUCAAAGUUGACUCAGCCUUUUAUCCUUUCAAGGUGGGAAAAAUGAGGACCCAGAUUGUUGGGGGCAAUAUGCUGACUCUGUAAACUGCUUAAAGAGGGCUGUAAAGCACUGUGAAGUGGUAUAUAAGUCUAAAUGCUAUUGCUAUUGCUAUUACAUGAGACGUCAAGGGGGAUAAUUUCCAAAUCUUAGAGAAAAAGUUGGAAAUACCUGGAAAUCAGUGAGAAUAAAAAAUAUUCCUUGGUAGCCAAAAUUGGCAGGCAUAAAUUAAAGCCUUUGAGGAAGGAAAAUGGCUUGAAUCAAAGUACCUGGUGGUAAUAGCUUUACGCAGAAAAGCUUCCUUGUGAUUCGUGGAAUAACCCAUACUAGAGACAAGUUCUUCUAGUGCUCCCAAUGUGUCAAAAGAUUUACAAUGCACACCAAUCUGGUGAGACAAAAGAGGACUCACAAUGGAGAGAAAAACUUUGAAUGUCCUGAUUGUGGGAAAAGUUUCACUAGGAAUUCUCACCUGGUGAUACACCAGAGGACUCACACAGGAGAGAAACCUUAUAACUGUUGUGAUUGUGGGAAAAGUUUCUCUCGGAAUUACAACCUGGUGCUACACCAGAGGACUCACACAGAAGAAAAACCAUAUCAGUGUCCAAAUUGUGGGAAAAGGUUCAGUCAGAAUUCGUACCUGGUGAAACACCAGAAGACUCACACAGGAGAGAAACCCUUUGAAUGUCCUGACUGUGGGAAAAGUUUCAGAGAGAAUUCUUACCUGGUGAAACACCAGAGGACCCACACAGUAGAAAACCGAUAUGAGUGUCUGGUUUGUGAGAAAACUUUCAAGCAGAAUUCUCACCUGGUAAUACACCAAAGAACUCACAUGGGAGAGAAACCAUAUAAAUGUCGUGAUUGUGGGAAAGGUUUUUCUCGGAAUUUCAACCUGGUGAUACACCAGAGAACUCACACAGGAGAAAAACCAUAUGAGUGUCUGUUUUGUGGGAAAAGUUUUAUUCGAAAUUCGUACCUAUUGAAUCACCAGAGGACUAACACAGAAGAAAACCCAUAUGAGUGUCUGGAAUGUAGGAAAAGUUUCAUUCGAAAGUGUGACUUGGUGAUACACCAGAAGACUCACACACGAGCAAAAUUAUAUGAGUGUCCAGAUUGUGGGAAAAGUUUCACCCGGAAUUCUAAGCUGGUGAUACACCAGAGAACUCACACGGGAGAGAAACCAUAUGACUGUCUAUAUUGUGGGAAAAGUUUCAGUCAGAAUUCCAACCUGAUGAUACACCAGAGAGCUCACACAGGAGAAAAACCAUAUCAGUGUUCUGAUUGUGGGGAAAGUUUCAGUCAGAAUUCCUAUCUAGUGAAACACCAGAGGAUUCACACAGGAGAAAAACCAUAUGAGUGUAUGGAAUGUGGGAAAAGUUUCAUUCAAAAUUUGGACUUUGUGAUACACCAGAGGACUCAUACAGGAGAAAAACCGUAUGAGUGUCUGUUUUGUGGGAAAUGUUUCAUUCGGAAUUCCUACCUGAUGAAACAUCAGAGAACUCACACAGGAGGAAAACCAUAUCAAUGUUCAGAUUGUGGGGAAAGCUUCAGUCACAAUUCCUACCUGAUGAAACACCAGAUAAUUCACACAGGAGAAAAACCAUAUGAGUGUGUUGAGUGUGGAAAAAGUUUUGUAAGGAAUUCCAGUUUGGUGAUACACUGGAGGACUCACACAGGAGAGAAACCGUAUGAAUGUCCGGAUUGUGGGAAAGAUUUCAGUAGUAGGUCUAGUCUUCUAAAUCAUGUAAGGUUACACAUAGGGGAGAAACCAUUCAAAUGCCCAGAUUGCGGAAAGUCUUUCACAGGGAAUUCCUCACUUAUCAAACACAAGAAAUUCCACACGAGGCAAAAUUUGAUGUGUGUAGAGAACUCUUGAACUUUGUUUCUCAUCUCUCAUUGGAAGGCCAGUUGAGAUAAUUAUUUAAUUUCUUUCCUUAUUCUUUUUAGUCAAACGUGUCUUAGUAUUAAACAUGAGUUACAAGAUCUGAACUUCCUUUCUGUGUCCCAGUGCGAUUGUUCCCUUUCACGGAGUACAGAUGUAAAGGAGCUUACAUCUCCAUUAGGUAUGCUUGUUGCCUUGAGUUAUUUCUACAUAUAAUAAAAGGGGAUAUAAAUAUG